AUGUCUUUCGACUGCGGCUUCGACAUCUUCCCCUCUCUCCCCCCUACCCCCGAGAACAAAACCCGCUACGCCGAAUUCCUCGACGACAUAACCACCGUCUACAAAACCGACCAAGAAUCCCGCCUCCUCGUUCUCCCCACCGACGCCGAUUUCCCCAACUUCCUCGACAAGCGAUUCAUCCACUUCGUGCUCACCAACAACCCGCGAAUCCCCGCUAACCCCAACAACUGCGAUCUGUUCCUCAGCCUGCGCACCUCGAGCGUCUUCGACGCCGGCACGCUAGACAGCAUAAAGGAGAUCGCCUCCAUUGCGCGACACCAUUUUGGAAGCCGUGUGCACUUCUGGACCAAUCAGAGCGAUAUCUAUACAAGGGGCGAGGUCAACCGCGCGGAGUGGGAGGUCUCGAAGAGAAAGGAUGCCUCGGACUCGCAGUGA